CACUCCUUCAAAAGGAGCGCGCAGCUUUGCGAGGGAGCCAGUGUUGGGGAGAGAAAAUAAAUACAAAUUUACUCCGCGAUUUUUACACCUAUAAAAUUAGUUCUUCUACUUCGUUUGGUAUAGUGGAAAAUGCAUUUCAAGGCAGUUUAAGAACUGUUUCAGGGACAAUUUGUCUUCAAGGGGCAGGAGGAGCGUGCAGCCCCUUAUAAUGCGGAGACAUCAAGUCUCACUAGUUUGUCGGUGUGAGCGCUGCGUACAUGGACCUUAACAAACUGCUUUCAUGGAUUCACUAACUGGCUGAUUGUUUGAUUUCUUUCCUUCUUUUUCGAGUCUUAGGGGAUUUUUGUUAUCUGUUUGUAGUUAAUUAACUAGUCCAAAGAAUUGUGGAUUAUCAUUUUUAUUGCGCGUCGAGGAUUUUUUUUUUUUUUUUUGUAUUGGGGAACGUGGGCUUAUAUUGGGGUUGAAUGAGGAUAUUGAUUUUUCCACAGUUAGCCUACGCCAGGGUCAAGGAUUCAGAGAAGGGAAUUAACCUUUCAAGAGGUGGAGAUAUUUGUCUAACUGGAGCCCGAGCUACUCAUCUCUGUUGCCGCCGAGUCCAACAUGAAGUCUGGCACCCUGUGGAUGUGCGUCUGCACCUUUUUCCUGCUCUUAGAUGAGGAGGCAAGUUCCUGGGAUGGCCCAUCAACUUUGUCAGUGUCCUUGGCCAACGGGGCCUCAGCAUCUCUAAAAGCCGUAUCUGGAUCCAAGGCUCAGCCAGAAUGGGUGGAUUGCAUCCAGGCAAGUGACAUGUGCAACCAGGACUCUCGCUGCAGCUCUCGGUACCGGGUGAUGCGCCAGUGCCUUGUGGGCAAGGAGAAGGAAGCCAUGCUGGAUAACAACAGAGAGUGCCAGGCUGCCUUGGAAGUGCUGCUGGAUAGCCCUUUGUUUGACUGCCGCUGUAAGAGGGGCAUGAAAAAGGAGAUGCAGUGUCUGCAGAACUACUGGACCAUCCACUUGGGACUCAAUGAAGGUGGAGAUAUUGAGGACUCAUCUCCGUAUGAACCUGUGGCCCCCAACCGGCAGCCUGAUGCUUUCCGCUUGGCUUCCAUUUCUUCAGGGAUGCUCACAGUGGCCCCAAAAGGCUCCCAGUGCCCUGAUGCUGAGAAAAACUGCAACUCUUGCCUUGAUGCAACCAAAGCUUGCAACCUUAACGGCAGCUGCAAGAAGCAACGCAACUCUUACAUCACUACCUGCACAAAGGCGGACCACAAGGGAGAGAUCUGCAACAGGAAGCGCUGCCACAAAGCACUGCGGAAUUUCCUGGAUCGUGUGACUCCAGAGUUCAGCCAUCGACUGCUCUUCUGCCCCUGCCAGACUGAGGGCUGUGCCGAGAGACGCAGGCAGACAAUAGUGCCUGAUUGCUCUUAUAAGGAUAAGGAGAAACCCAACUGUUUGGAGCUAAGGAAGAUCUGUCGCCAGGACUCUCUGUGCAGGUCAAGAUUGGCCGAUUACAUAGCCAACUGCUGGGUGACUCCACACACUAUGGGCACCUGUCCUAACCAAGACAAUCAUCAAGCCUGUUUGAAUUCUUAUGCAAGGCUCAUCGGGACUGAAAUGACUCCCAACUAUGUCGACAGCAGCAUCGCCAACUGGACCAUCUCCCCAUGGUGCACCUGCAAAGGCAGUGGAAACCAAGAGGAGGAGUGUUUGAACUUCCUGCGCUAUUUCACCAAUAACACGUGCCUAAGAAAUGCCAUUCAAGCCUUUGGUUAUGGGAUGGACAACACAGCUCCAAGUCCUUCAGCGACAUCGAAAGCAGGAUCUGAUUGGUCGACAGACAUCUUAGAGCAUUCCUCUGUCAUUAUUGGAAAGCCUGAUCCAAUAAAUGGUGGCCCAGACCUGGGAGAGGAUCAUUCUCCCUGUUUCUGUGCCAGCGUCUGGGCUCUGCUCCCUAGCUUGGCUUUGGCUCUGAUCCUGGCCCAGCAUGCCUUGUAGAAAAGCCAGAAGGAGAAGAACGAGGUCAUCCACCCACUAGCUGAUCCCAAGCACAGAAGACGUUGUUGCUGAGAUUGAUAUUACGUAGGCCAAAUCUCUGGUGACAGUUGACUUGAAAGAGGAAUACAGAUGGAUGAGAGAGGUGGAAAUUACAGACAUUUGUGAAACUGUGACUUUAUUGUUCAUUUGAUGCUAUGUCCGGACUGACCACAACUGUGAUGGAGCACAUGGCUUUACAAUGGACCUUUGGUAGAAAAGGCCAGGAAGGGAGCAACUUUUCUUCUUCUGCGCUGAGACACAGACACUUGGAAAACCCGGAGAACUGAAGCUGCAGCAGGUUUCUCAUUGAAGGAGGGAGAGAAGAAACUAACAAAAUUAUUGAAGAAGGCAAGAGUGUCAGAAAAGAAACUUUUGAAGAGAGAAGGAGCAUGAGGUAAAUAUAGAAAAGUGCAAGCAAAAAAAUAGAAUAAAAUAUGUUUUUUGUAAUGAAAUGGGUUUUGAUUCAAUCUUCUCUUGGAAGGACAAACCACAAACUUGGUUGGAUGAAGGUAACUGCAUUAUGUCUUUUCAACACUAGUGUAAACUCUAAACUUUAAAGCCUACUCAGUGUUCUUAGUGUUGGUACAGUAUAGUAUCCGUGGCCAUAAUCUAUCUGCCGUACAGGUGCUUAUCAAACAGAUGGUGAAGCUGAUGAUGUGAUCAAUUAAUGGUUAUAUGGUCAUUUAAGAUGUUGUUGUUGACUGUGGGUGUUCACCAUACGUCCACCUGUACAUGUGUAUAUUUCUGUCCCUAUGUUUAUAUAUAUAUAUAUAUAUAUAUAUAUAUAUAUAUAUAUAUAUAUAUAUAUAUAUAUAUAUAUAUAUAUAUAAACAACCCUCUUUUCUGUCAUUUGACUUAAUGAUGUUCAGUACCUUGAAAGGACAUUAUUGUAUGCUAAGCCCAGUAUUGCUACCGAUAGAAGGUCUUCAUUAUCUGCAUUUAUAUUCAUCUAUUAAGGUUUGAUCACAAAGAAUGUAUAAAGCAAUGGGAUUAAAUGAGCUCCAGCUUUGAAAGUCAUAGUUUGUCUGUGAAGUCAUAUACUAUGUCUACUGAGUGUGUGAAGUCAUUUACUACGAUGCAUGCGUGUGUUUACACGGGAGACACAAGCUUGUGCGGAGCAUUUCAAACUGGAGGUUAAUUUUGCCCCUGCAGAGGGUUGAGGUUUGUGAUGCAUAGUGUAAUAAUUUUAGGGUUCCUUUGGGGUUGGAGAGUUAAGUUAACCUGAGGCUUUCUGGAGUAUACAUAAUUUUUCUCAGUUCUUUAUUCUCCACAUUUUAAAAGAAACUUUUUUUCUUUUUUUUAAUCCGUAAUUGUGAGUUUUUACUUACAUGAAACUAGUAAUGCUUUCUUUUACCUGUUUGCAUGUAUGAGAAAUUGUCAUUCUGGAGAUGUUGCUGGGAGUACAACGAAGGUGUUCAUCACCCUUAGCAACCAAGUGAGACACAAGCACAAAACAUCAAAAUCAAAUUCAAUCCUCCUCCCAUUUUGUGCCUCGUCAUUUUUUAUGUAUUUAUUUAUUUUAAAAUUCAUAUAUCAAAUGUAAUUUGCAGUCUUAAGCCAGGAGUGCCUCUAGGUUUCAUAAAGACAGACUGGACUAAAUGUCACCUUCAUACGUAAGGCUCCCCUGUCGUCUGGACAUACACUAUUUCUUUAAGGGCAAAUUAUUUCUAUUUGACGCAAAGUUCACAGAUUCAUACAAGAGCAAGUGUUGUCUUUGGACUUCAGAGUUGGUCUGCAAAACUGAUGCCAAUCAGAACGCAACUCAGAUGCAUUAAUCUCACAUAUCACAGAGCAUGUUUCCAGACUACAUGAUGCAUAAUCACAAGGCAAAUUAAUUAAUUUCCCUUUGGGAAUUAAUAAAGCAUUUUGAAUUGAAUGACCAAUAGAGAACAAUUCAAGUACUUGACCACAAUAAUGAUACUAUGAAAACACUUUUUUGCCCAUGCUUUAUUUUCCUUUCCUUUCAAAUUAUACACUCUGAUAUGAUAAAUGAACAGAACACUGACAAACAUUCAUUGGCAUGGUUGUAGAUGACAGAUUCUUAAUUUAUUUCUUUAUUUAAUGCUUAUAUAAUCUUUCCCUGGAGUCAAAAGAUCUUGACUCUUUUCCUACAACCACUAUAUGACAGAAAUGUUUAUAUCCUCAGGCAGCACAUCAAGGGUUGUAUCGUACCACAAAAACCCAUCUUGUAGAACCAAGCAGCCUCAUGUUACCGGCUGAUUUAGAAAUGGUUUACUCUAUGUCAUGGUUCGCAAAUGUAAAAUUAAACUCUGCUCAAUGUGUUAUUGCUCACUGUGGUUGUUCCACAGUAUGGUAGCGUCUGGCAGAAAUUAUAUUGAUGUCCCCUGAGUUGAUUGCUCUGGGCUUCACAGCGUACACAGUACAACGUGAGCCUCACAUAGAACGUAUAUUUUAUCU